UGUCACUUGGCAACCGCCAAAGCUGUUUGUUUUGAAAAGAAAGAACAGCUGCGCCCAGUUUCGUUCGAGUUGUACUUGAAUUAGUACUGUCAGUGUUAAGUUUUCAAUCAUUUAGCUUAAUUUAUCGCCUUUUCAGGACGAAAAAAAAUAAAUCCUAUCAUUCAAGCAGUGUCUAACUUUUCUGACACUUUCCAGAGGUUAUGUUUUAGUGAAUGCCCCAGAGAUUUUGAUUCAUAAUGCUGGGUGACAGCAAACUUUCGAAUGACAAACUCGAAGUGGAUAACAUUGAUAAUCAACAACCGGGUUCGCAGCAAUCCUUUCAAAUUCGCCCUCAUCUUGUAGCAAAGUUCCGACCCCAAGUUGUUAAAGAGUUGGUUCAAAACAUUUUGUCUGAACAAUUAAGUGGGAAAGUUUAUGCAGAUGAAGAUAUGUCAGCUCUUACUAAAGAUAUUGCUCUGACCGUACGUCAACGAGUUGCAGCAAUGAAAUUUGAUCGAUACAAAAUAUUAGUGCAAGUUGUUCUUGGUGAGCAAAGAGGGGCAGGAGUGAAAAUGGGUGCAAGGUGUAUGUGGGAUUCUGACGCAGACAACUAUGCAAGUGCUGAAUAUGAAAAUGACACCUUGUUUUGUGUUGUGACUGUGUUUGCUGUUUUUAUUUAUUAGUAAUUUUAGUUGUCUUAAGAUCCUCAGUGAGAUUUUGUUAUUUUAAUACAAGUGUCUGUGAUAAGUUAACAAAGAUGGUUUUUGCACUUUUGAAUUGAUGUCAUGAUUAGUGAAUGAUGAUAAAUUUUAGAAAGGAGUAACAUA